AUCAAUCUAAUCCGUCAUCACCAAUUUCACCACCGGAUUCAAUACAACCUAAUUCAAUGGCAUCAGAAUUACCACAAUAUCGACUUUUGCUCGAUAGAAUGCGUCAAACAGCAGUAGGAUUAAAAUUUUUAUAUCAUGCACAUAAAUUAAAUGAUGAUAAGAACAAUUGUCCUGAUAAUGAAUGCAAACUGGAUUUAGAUUUAUAUGAGGAUUGUUUAAUAACGGAAGAAGUGACAAAUAUUUAUAAUGGAGCUAAUAAAAAUACGAAUUGUACAAAUCUUCAUAAUAAUCAUAAAGAUA